GUUAGUCAAACCUUUGCGACGCUAGAAACAGGUUGUACGCUUUUUAUGUUGCGCGUGUUGUAGCUUAAUUCCCCAUCCAUCAUGUAUCGGUAUUGUGUGUGUCUUCUUGCCUUUUUCCUUGCAUCAACGGUACUGACCGACGCCCGACCGGCGAUGGAGAAAGACCACAACUUCCACUACUAUGAGAUAAUAAGCACUGAAAAUGGGCAAUUGUUUUCCUACAAAACGAAGGACAAUCAGUGGCGCGAUGAAACGGUUGAGACCGAUCACAACACCGGCAAGCUGGUCAUCUCGGGCUGGUACCGCUACGUCGGGCCCGAUGGCGUCACCUACCAGGUCAAGUACGUGGCGGACGAGAAUGGCUACCGGCCGCUCGGGAUGCAUCUGCCCGGGGCCGAUCUGUCCGAUCCGAACGCAUUCAGCGUGCUUACGCCACUCGUCGAUAGUGGCGUUUCGCGAACAGUGCUUCUAUCCCUAGUCGGCUGACAUCAGCAAACGGCGCGAUAUAAAUUACAAUUUUGUGCGUGUGCUAUUUUAAAUGCGGUUAAAUUAUGGAAAUCCUAUCUUUAGUAGUUCGGUAAGAUUAGCAACGUGGUAUUGAUUGUAUUAAAAUUUGAAGACAAAAAAUGAAACACGAAACACGU